AUGAACGGCGUAAUGACAAUAAACGGGAAUGGUCCAGAAGUCACUCCUCCAGCAGGUCAGGUACCGGCUCCACCAUCCGACAACCAGGAGUUGGUCCUGUUUGGCUACACCUUCCCCCAAACCAAGGAACAGUUGAAUGACUUGUUGGAUAGAUAUUACAAAUUGCUCUAUGCGUCCAAGCAAUUACGAGAAGAGUUUGAAAAGAGACAGGAUUCACCCGGGUUAAAAUUCGAAGAUCCAAAUUCUAAGCAAAAACACCAGAUUGAAGCUAUUUUGGCCAAGGUCAGUAAGGCUCAAGAUGAAUUUCUUCAAGAAGAACAAGAGUUUUUGAAUGAGUUGGCAAGUACUGAGGUGGACCAAGAACAAAUUGAUCAGUUUGACGGGAAAUUGUUUGAAAAGCAAAUUGCUGGAUUGUUGUUAUUAUCGAAAGAUGUUGAUUUACCCGAGCCUUUGCAACGUGAGUUUUCCAACCAAAUCAAGAAACAUGCUAUUUCCGUCGAUUCCAUAAUCGAGCGGUUGAUCACCAUUGACAAUGACUAUGAAACCAGAGCUGAGUCACUUGGGAUCAAGGUCCCAUUGCCACUUUCGGCUAUCGAUCCCCACUAUGCUCCCUUGGGUAACUUUUACGCGGAAAAGAUCAUCAAUAACAAGAUUUCCCAAAGAUUAAAGGAUUUAGAGAACUUACCAAGUAAUUUAGGUACAUACCAUACCGAUAAGGAAGAAGCUGAACUUGAUAAUUUGAAAAUAAAAGCACUCAUUGAAAUCAAGGCCCUUCGAUUACUCACAAAGCAAAAACAAUUAAAACGCAAUAUACUAGUACAUGAAUCCCAACAAGCUAAAUUCACCCACCCUAACUUGAAAGACCAUCCUAUAAUCCUCCUGGAAAAGAGAUCAUUCAAUGUCAGACCCAAAGUUGAACAACGUCAUCCUGAAUUAUUAGCUAUACAAUUGGAGGAGUUAAAGAAACAAGAAGAAAAAGAAUUGAAACGUCAAAUGCAUAUUUCUAAAGUUGAACAAAUCUUGGAGAGUUCCUUAGCCUUGGGUAAUGCCAAGUACCAAAGAGACCAUUACAGAUCACAUAAUUUAGUGAGACAAAUCAACAAUUUCCACCAAAAUACCGAAAAGGAAGAAUCCAAGAAGUUGGAAAAGACCGCCAAGCAAAGAUUGCAAGCAUUGAAAGCCAACGAUGAAGAAGCCUAUAUCAAGUUAUUGGACCAAACCAAGGACCACAGAAUCACCCAUCUUUUAAAGCAAACCAAUACAUUCUUGGACUCGUUGGCCCAACAAGUUAGAGCUCAACAACAAGAAGAUGAAGAAUUCCCCAUGGAAAAGAGCGGGUCACCUGAAUCAGCCCCGGAAACCAAACCUUCUGAUGCCAAUGAUGAAUUGCGGGAAAAGAUUGACUAUUAUGAAGUUGCUCAUCGUGUCAAGGAAGUCAUUACUGAACAGCCUCUGAUUUUGGUUGGCGGGAAAUUAAAAGAGUACCAAAUUAAGGGUUUACAAUGGAUGGUUUCCUUGUACAAUAACAAAUUAAACGGUAUUUUGGCCGAUGAGAUGGGGUUGGGUAAGACCAUUCAAUCCAUUUCCUUGGUCACAUAUCUUAUUGAAAAGAAACACGAGGAGAAGUUUUUGGUUAUUGUUCCACUUUCCACCAUCACUAAUUGGACAUUAGAAUUUGAAAAAUGGGCCCCAUCCGUGAAGUUGGUGGUGUAUAAAGGAUCUCAACAGCAAAGAAGAUCGAUGCAACCGGAAAUCAGGGUCGGUAAUUUCCAAGUGUUGUUGACCACUUAUGAAUACAUCAUUAGGGAGCGUCCACUUUUAUGCAAGUUCCACUAUUCUCAUAUGAUUAUCGAUGAAGGUCACAGAAUGAAAAAUGCCCAUUCUAAGUUGUCGCAAACUUUAAGAACAUACUACAAGACCAAGAAUAGAUUGAUUUUAACUGGUACGCCCUUGCAAAACAACUUACCUGAAUUGUGGGCGUUAUUGAACUUCGUGUUGCCUCGUAUUUUCAACUCGGUGAAAUCCUUUGACGAAUGGUUCAACACUCCGUUUGCCAAUACUGGUGCCCAGGAAAAGAUUGAAUUGACAGAAGAAGAAUCGUUGUUGGUUAUUAGAAGAUUACAUAAAGUUCUUCGUCCGUUCCUUUUGAGAAGAUUGAAGAAGGACGUCGAAAAGGAUUUGCCUGAUAAGGUUGAAAAAGUGUUGAAGUGUAACUUGUCCGGGUUGCAAUAUGUCUUGUAUCAACAAAUGUUGAAGCACAAUGCCUUGUUUGUCGGUGCUGAUGUUGGAGGAGCUAAGAGCGGUAUCAAAGGUUUGAACAACAAGAUUAUGCAAUUGAGAAAGAUUUGUAACCAUCCGUUUGUGUUUGAAGAAGUUGAAGCUGUGUUGAAUUCUCUGAGAUUAACUAACGAUUUGAUCUGGCGAGUCAGUGGUAAGUUUGAAUUGUUGGAUCGUGUAUUACCUAAAUUCAAAGCUAGUGGUCAUAGGGUAUUGAUGUUUUUCCAAAUGACCCAAGUUAUGGAUAUCAUGGAGGAUUUCCUUAGAUGGAGAGAUAUGAAGUACCUCAGAUUAGAUGGUUCCACCAAGGCUGAGGACCGUCAAGAUAUGUUAAAGGUGUUUAAUGCGCCUGACUCCGACUAUUUCUGUUUCUUAUUGUCGACUCGUGCCGGUGGGUUGGGGUUGAAUUUGCAAACAGCUGAUACCGUGGUGAUUUUUGAUACUGAUUGGAACCCACAUCAAGAUUUACAAGCACAAGAUCGUGCCCAUAGAAUCGGACAAAAGAACGAAGUGCGUAUUUUGAGAUUAAUCACUAAUGAUUCCGUGGAAGAAGUCAUUUUGGAAAGAGCUCACCAGAAGUUGGAUAUUGAUGGAAAGGUGAUCCAGGCCGGUAAAUUCGAUAACAAGUCUACUGCUGAAGAACAAGAAGCAUUCUUGAAGCGAUUGUUGGAGGCCGAAGCUAAUGAAGACAAUGAAGAAAAUGAUUCAUUGGAUGACGAAGAAUUGAAUGAAAUUUUGGCCCGUUCCGAUGCGGAAAAGGUUUUGUUUAAUCAAAUGGAUGAAGAAAGAAAGAAAGCUGAUAAGAGCAUUGGUUCUAGAUUGAUUGAAAAGGAUGAAUUGCCAAGUGUGUUUACCGAAGAUAUUUCUCAGCAUUUUGAAAAAGAUACCAAAGAAUUGAGUAGAAUGAGAGAAAAGAAACGAGUCAAGUAUGAUGAUGGGUUAACUGAAGAACAAUGGUUGAUGGCAAUGGAUGACGAUGAAGAUACCGUUGAAGAUGCCAUCAAGCGUAAGGAAGCCCGUAUAGCCAAGAGAAAGAGAAAUAAGGCCAUUAGAGAAGGAUUAUUAGAAGAGGACAUUAAGGAUGAUGAGGUUGGCGAAGAAGACGAUGAUGAUUAUGAAGCCGUGGCGGCACCAAGAAAAAGACAGCGUAGAUCGAGAACUCCCUUGCCUCAUAUCUCGGAACCAGAGGAAAGUAAUAGAAACUCCGACGAAGAUGGAGAAAUAGAUGGACAAAUUGAUGGUGAAGUUGACGAGUUUACCGGUAAAUGUCUUGCUGUGAUUGAUGAAAUCAUGGAAUUGACUGAUCCUGCCGAUGGACAUAAUUUGGCUGAUAUUUUCUUGAAGUUGCCUUCCCGGAAAUUGUAUCCUGAUUACUACCAAAUUAUUAAGAGAGCAGUGUCUAUUAAUCAAGUCAAGAAACAACUUGAACAAGAGAGAUUUGGACUGUUUGAAGAGUUUAUUGGAGAGUUGAAGCAAAUGUGUUUGAAUGCUAAGACAUAUAACGAAGAAGGAUCAUUUGUAUAUUCUGAUGCUGUAGUCAUUGAAAACUUGCUUGAUGAAAAAUUAGCCCAAGACGCACAAGAUCAGAAUUAGAACGAUAAUUCCAUUACAUAAUCAGGAGUACUUCGGAUCACUAUCCGAGUGCGACACGCUAUUAAUUUUGUGAAACUUUAGCAGAUCUCAAUCGCCGAUAUGUCCAUAUUUUUCACGUGGUUCUUCUAGAUCUUUUGGGAUAUGUAAGCACUGGUGAUGUAUGAUAAUUUGUAUAAUAUAGUUAAUAAAAUAGUACAAUUGUAAUCGUUUGUGUAAUCUAAACAUAGCACGAAGCCUGGAUGCUUUAAUUGAAUGGUGUAAGUGUGUUGUUGGUGUACAUAGUAACUUUUUCAAUUCCAGCCAAUUAUGGCCCCGGAAAAUUGUAUUACUCAAUUUUUUUUUUUAUCUCCUGAUUCAGGAGCGGAUAUUUUCCCCACAGAAGAAAAACCACGGCGGAAGAUUACUGUAAACAGAGAGGGGAAACAACGACAGUUUUUAAGUUCUCGAGGGAUCCUAACACUAACCUACUGUAGAUAUACGUUAAUUGUAGAAAGAAACAACUCUCGACGAAGUAAUUACAUCAAAUGGGUUGAAUGUGGAU